UCACCCUCCUUGAACGAAAAUUCCUCCUUAGAGAUUUGGACGAUGUUACGUCAGCAUCUGAUCCUUCUCAGCUUCGGCAUCGUUGCAUUAUCUGCUCUCCAAGCGGAUGGCAUUGAAAGUGUGAGACUGUGCGGUAGACGAUUAGCUGAUGCCCUCAGUGUCGUUUGCAAAACGUAUGGUGGAUACCAACUCCCUCGAGUAAGAAAAGACGUGUCAAACAGAUCUUCUAAUAAGAGAGCAAUGAUUGAGAUUCUACGACCCAUGAUGCGCAGAACGACACAUUCUGAGAUAGAAAAUGACUUCAGUGGAGAUUCUGCUACAGAAGUAGAUCUUACUCCCAGUUCUCAAAGUGGGGUUGCCAAUGAAUGUUGUAAAAGGCCAUGUACUUUAAGGACCAUGGCAUCAUACUGUGCAGAUGCAACGGAUAUUGGAAAUCUUGAUAUCAAUGAAAUUUGGCGACCAGAAGUUGUAUCUGAGGAGGAUCUUGCGGAAUAUGAAUUGCAACAGGAACCUAUCGCCUCCAGUAUAGAGCCUGCAGCUUCUAAAAAUCCCAAUCAAGAACCUUUUUCAUCUAAUGAAAUUGGCUAUUCAAGAAGACCCAAUCUUGGUUUCGCUAUACGAAACAAAACCAUCCUCAUUAUCUUUGAAUCUAAAGCACCAAAUUAUAAUGGAGAAAAAGCUGUCGGUGAAUACAGAUUUUAAAGAUAUUUGGAGAACGUUCGUCGAACGUUCUUCGAAGAAAGAGAAUGUUUUGUGCCAUCGGACAAUAUGUACCUUACUCAAGUAAACAAAGUAUUUGUAUUGCAUUGAAACUAUAACAAGAUGACUCCUGAAAUGAAGUUUUUCUCUGUAACUGUCAAAAUAAUGUGUUAUUAAACAUUUCAAUCACA